AUGGGUAACGCAAAUUCAGCAAUGCUGGAAAAUAUCGUCAGCGGUACCAACUUUGACAGAGAUGAGGUCGAUCGCCUUAGGAAACGGUUCAUGAAACUGGACAAAGACAACUCCGGCACGAUCGAGCGCGAUGAGUUCCUCUCCCUCCCCCAAGUCUCGUCCAACCCGCUUGCGACACGAAUGAUCGCCAUAUUUGACGAGGAUGGCGGCGGCGACGUCGAUUUCCAAGAGUUCGUCUCUGGCCUCAGUGCCUUCAGCUCCAAGGGAAACAAGGAGGAGAAGCUCAAAUUCGCCUUCAAGGUCUACGACAUUGACCGGGACGGCUACAUCAGCAAUGGCGAGCUGUUCAUUGUGUUGAAGAUGAUGGUGGGCUCCAACUUGAAGGACCAACAGCUGCAACAGAUUGUGGACAAGACCAUCAUGGAGGCAGAUUUGGACCACGAUGGAAAGAUCAGCUUCGAGGAGUUUCAGAAGAUGGUUGAGAACACGGACGUCAGCAUGAGUAUGACGCUGGACCAAUUCUAA